AUGGCGACGACCUAUCUGCCGCGCACCGACACAGGGUCCACGAGCCCACCGCGCUACACUCCCCAAGAGCAGCAAGAAUACGAGCUGGAGCGCCUCGGCAGCAGCUCGCCCUCCAUCCUCAGCGCGCCGCCACCCUACACCACCGACGACGCCGGUGCCGAUCCCUCCUCCCGGCCCUUCUGCCCAACCGUCCACCUCCAGAUCCACACCACCGGCAAGUCCUGGUUCUCCCUGCCCCUCCCGCCACGGCCCGAUCCCAUCCCCGUCUUCGCCCUCCCCCCGGACGACCCAAGCAGCCGGAGCCCCUCGGCCCGCAACAAUGUCGCCCUGCCGUGGUUCACCUCCUUCCGGCCGGAGCGCUACUCGGGGAGCUGCUACCUGCAGCAGUCGCCCGCCGCCUUCUUCUCCUCCUCCUCCUCCCCCUCCUCAUCCUCAUCUUCUUCUUCGGCGGCGGCGGCGGGGGGUCCCACCAUCGUAGCGACGACCACCUACCGCUUCGGGCCCGGCCGGCCCCCAGUCGUCCGCCUCUUCUCCCCCGCGCGCGGGCCCGGCCCGGACCCGGCCACCGUCGCCGAUGACGACGACGACGACAACGACAACAAGCCGUGGGACACGUUCGCGGUGACCUCGCUCGGGCUGCUGACGCGCGCCGUCGGGUUCCGCUCCCGCCUCGGCACCUUCCAGUGGCGGUACGCGGGCCGCGGGGAGCGGCGCGCCUUCGCGCGGGAGCUGUCCUCGUCCUCCUCCUCGUCCUCCUCCUCCUCCUUACCGUCCGCGUCGGCGGGGCAAGGCGGCAGCAGCAAGGAGGAGGAGGCGGACGUGGCCAACAUGCUGGUCCUGGAGCGCGUCGUGCGCGUCGCCGUGGCGCCGGCCGCCGCAGACAGAGGGAGAGGGGGCGGGAAGCGCGAGCGGGAAGAAGAGGUGCGGACGGUGGUCGCGCGGUUCGUCCGCGGCGACGGGUUCCGGACCCCCGGCAGCGGCGCGGGCGCCGCCGGCAACGGCGGCAGGCUGCUGGUCGACCUGGGCCUGUGGGAGGGCGGGGACGGCAAGGGCGAGAGGGAGAUGGCCCUCGUCAUGGUCGUGGCCACCUGCCUGCUCAUGCUCAAGAGGGAGAUCGACCGCAGGCGGGCGCAGCAGAUCGCCAUCAUGGCUGGCGCGGGAGGGGGCGGCGGUUCUUGA